AUGACGAAAACUCUACUUGACAUGCCAGAUGUGGCAAUGACCGAAAUUAUGAGUUACUUGGAUUACAUGACCAUUCAAAACACGAGAAAAACUUGCUGGAAGCUGCGAAACUUUUUGGAAGCUGUGCAGUUCGACCCACGUAUUCGUUCCAUCUCAUUUUAUGAACGAGAGGAUCGAAUCAUUGCAACAAUGAGUACUGAAAAAGUUUGGAAUGGCAUGGAAGGGAGAUCAGUGCGAUUGCAAUACAUGACAAAAGAAGACGGGUGUAAAGUCACAUGGCAACCUACACGACACGAUCAAAAAGUAACAAUAGUGAAGAAUGAACACUACAAGGAUGUUUUUUGGAGAGACUUGAAAAUUUUACUGACCAGCGUAAGAACAACGCUAAGAAGUUUUUCUGUUACUACACAUAAUUCCAUUCAUCAAAACGUUUUUGCAACUAAACUCGAAAAAAUUCUAAAACUGAGAAGAGAAGCUAUUCAAGUCGAGACUAUCAGUAUUGAGGCAUUCAAUCCGACUGAAGUGGCUCAAAUUCUGCAGUGUUUUGAUUCGAAGCCCUUGGUUUGGCUUGUGAUAAACAAUACACAAAGUACAGAUGCUGUAAUGGAUAUUACCGAAAUUGUAAGAUUGGAUCAUUGGAAGCAAACUAAACAUAUCACAAUGGAUUCGUGGCGUUUUCCUUCAGUACAAAUGAAACACUUUGCACAUUUUCAAAUUUCCGACAUUCAUUAUACAAAUUUUAUUGCGCACAAGAUCAAGAUUGUAAAAGAGAUGUUUCUCCAGUCAACAGAGUACGAAAAAACUGUUAAUUUCAAUACUAAUAUUCUACAGCAAAAAGACAAAAUUCUUCAAGCGCUAGGAAGAAAUAUCGACUUGCUCGAGGACACCACAUAUUUGUAUUUUAAUACAAAACAUAAUUCUAACAACGUGCUUUUUAUAAAUGUAGACAUUAGUGACAACUGUAUAUCCUUUUCCUUUAUUAAAAAAUCAGAAGUUCCAAGUAACGUUGAGGUUGAGUAG